GUACUUCAUUUCACAGCGAUCAUGAACUUGCCUUCAUUUUUUAAAACUUUGUAAAACCAAAUCUUUAAUUUGUUAUCUCAAACGGGUCUUUUUGAAUGUUGUUUCAGGGUGUCCUGUUCAUUAAUGCUAUGAGAUUCUUGUGCGGUAUAUAGCAAGGAGAAAAUUUGGUUUUCUGCUGCUCACUUGACUUAGACCAAGUUUCCCUUAUUCCUUAUAAUAGAGUUGAUGCGUUUAUAAUCGGCGAGUGCUCUAAUGUGUUGUGCCCAACUCGGUCUCAUAUCGAGAGAGGAAGGAGACGAAUUAUUGGCACCUUGAAGGAGUACAAGGAUGACAGAUAUAUUGAGUAUAGGCUUUAUCUUCAUCAUCACCGCCGCCAUCUUAACUACCGCGGCGGCAUCACCGCUUGCUCUUACGUUGGAAAGAGCUUUUCCGUCAAAUAACGGAAUUGACUUGGACCAACUACGAGCUAGAGACACGACCCGACAUGGUAGAAUUCUCAAGUCUUCAAAAGAUGUUGUUUACUUUGAGGUUUAUGGUAACUCCCAGCUUCCACUCCUCGGAUUAUAUUAUACAAACAUAUCGUUGGGUACUCCUCCGGUUGAAUUUCACGUCCAGAUUGACACCGGAAGCGAUGUUACCUGGGUCAGUUGCAGCUCAUGCAAUGGUUGUCCACAGACAAGUGGACUGGAGGUAAAUUGCAUUGUAAUAUUAUACGUUGAAAUAUUAAAUCACAAAUAGUAAUUCGAUCAAGGUAUUAAUGGACUGAUUUAAAUCUUGAUCAUUUUUGUUAGUGGAAAGUUCAUAU